AUGACCGUACCUCCUGAGCAAGCUAACCACGCCUUGAACAUUACCUUGGCCGCCCUGCAAUCGCUCAUGAAGCAUUGCAUCAAGGUAAAGGAGGGCGAUCCCGAGGCCUUAUGGUUAUCUGAUGAGAUUGCCCGGCGUGUGGCCAAGGACUUGAAGAUGUAUGGCGGGAACGCCACAUCAUUCUCACCGAAGCUGCUUUCUUUUGCUGCUGUUGUGAGAGAGAACUCAAAGGGUGGCGCCUUUGAGAGUGUCCCCGACUGGACCUCCGUUACAGACGACGACCCGCGCAUCAAGAGCCACCCGCACUUUGAUAAGACUGUGGAUUAUCUUCCACCUUCCUCACUCGAUGAUCUUGUCAUCGCCACCACAGCAACCGCCAAUCCCCCUGCUGUCCUUGCAACGGCAACCGCCAAUCCCCCUACUGUCCCCACAAUGGCAACCGCCGCCAUCCCGCCAUCUAUGUUGGCCUCACCAUCCAAACCAUCCCUCACGGAGUCCGAUAUCCUUGCUGGGCCGGAACCGGAACUGAAAGGAACAUCGGACCUUGGGAAGGAAAAGGCCGAGGGCCCUCCCAUUCCAAUUGACACUCCCGCCGCUCCGCCGACACAAUACAACCUCUUUGUGGCCAGUACAAAGAAGAGAAAGGCUGCAGACAAAGACACGGACACCGUCGUCACAGUUGCCAAGACCAAGUUGCCUUCCCCAUCUGAAGAGCCGGUCAAGAAAAGGAAGAUCACAUCAAAAACCAUUUCCAAGACGGAAUUGGGUUUGGAUGAAGAUAUCGCUACACCAUGGAAGCAUUCCGUUCGCUAUCACCCCCGGCAAUGCGACAAAUGUGCCAAAUUGGACAUUGCCUGCCUUGUCCUCCCCGACAAGAAAUUUGGAUACAUGCACCUCGCCUGUGAAAAUUGUGACAGCAUGAAGAUCGCCUGUGCAAUUGACGGCGUUGGUGUCCGGCAGAGGUUGCAAGCGAAGGCAGCAACAGCAUCCUCCUCCCCGCUCAAACAACCACAGGCUUCGAAAUCCCGAGCCGUCUCUAAAGCACCCGUGAAGCGUGUUUCUCGCUCGCAACGGAGCAUUGUUCAACAUAAAGCUUCUCCGGAAGAAGAGAUAAAGCUUGCGCCCACCAACCUGCUGGAACCAGAGCCCACUGCAAGAGAAAUCUUACAGGGCAUCCAGGACCUGGGCAGGAGAUUAGAUCUCCUCGCCGCCACUGAGCGGGUGGAUGCAUUGGAGGUCAGAGUGGAUUCAAUGGAGAUGAACCUGCUCAAGAGGUUGGACAGGUUAGAGCAACAGCUCAAUGAAUCUGAUGCCCGGUGGAAAUCUUUGGAAUCCUAG